CAAAAUCCUAUUCAGCACCCCAAAAUUAAAGUCAAUUAAGCCAUAACUUUGCACUUUUAUAAGCCUGAAUAGUGAACACAAUUUGACUGGACUUAUUUUCUUAAAUAAAUAGCAAAAAAGAAACACAAAUGCAAAGUUUUCAGAAAACCAACAAAUUCGUUAUUUGGGUUUUAGAUAUUUUUUGUUUGUGUACAAAAAAAAAUAAUGUAUGCUUUGUCUAAAGUUUUACAUCUUAAAAAUCUAAGCCUUGAACCAGUCAUAGAAAUUGCGUUCAUAAUGUAAAUAAUGUAAACACGAGUUUUUCAUUACCAAAAUUAUAUCAAAACACAGAUUGUAUGUGAUCUUUCCCGAAAAAGUACAAAUCAGAUAACAAAAUAUUUCUUUUAAAAAACCCACCCAAGUUAUUAUCUAAAAAAACCAUGUUUUCGUCGUUUUGUUCUUGUUAUCUUUCUAUAAAUUGUGUCUAUAUAAAAAGGAAAACCAAAUUUAAUGCUAUUAGUUCUUAUUAACAAACACAAUUCAAGACAUCAGAAGACUAAGAAUGCAAAUACAAGCUUUAUUUUUCGUACUUUGCGGUAUUCUAUCCGUCAAAGGUACACCAUUUAUUGCUGAUUCAUCAGUUGAUCUUUUUAAAUUCAACGAAGUAAAAGAACAACAAAUUGAAGUAAAUUCAAAUAACCUCAAUGCAUCUACUUUGAAUUCUAAUGAAACAUUAGAAGUUGUAAAGUACGAGGAAAGCAGUGAGGAAUCUCUUGAAUUGGUUCCAAUUGUCGAACAAAAUCAUAUUAAAAGCGAGCAUAAUCAUGGACCAAGUCAUGGUCAUGAUAAUCAUGGUCAUGGACAUGGUGAUAACCACGGACAUGGACAUGAACAUGGUCCAAAUCAUGCCCCAAAACCUAUAAAACAAAUGGGACCAGUUGAAUUAGGUCUUCGAAAUGUUGUCUCCUCAUCAGCCAUUGCUACCGAAGAACUUUUUAUGGAAAUGGUUACCCUUAGUGCUGAAACAUCUGAAUCAAUCAGAAUCAAAUCGGAACUUUUGACUGCACGCGCAAUGAACGAUAUUUUCAGGCCAUUGAAUUUGGUAGAAGGUGAAAUUAAGAAGACCCAGGAAUGUGGCAAGCAGUAUGUAGAAGCCUUUAAUGAAAUCCUCGUCCAAGUUAAUAGCAAUCUCAAGACUUGUGUCCACAAUCUUACACUCAUUGAUGAAGGUUACAAGAACCAGAGUACACAGAUUUUGUCUUCAUUGGCAGUAGUUGUUGGAGAUAUUCAAAAUUUGCCAGAUUCUUGUGAAAUUGCUAAGAGUUUUCCACUUGGAACUUUUUGCAUUGUCAAUAACUUAGCUGAGGUUAACAACCGCGUUGUGUUGGAUGUAAAGAAUUUGAAAUUCAUUACUGCUGUUUCAAAGGACGUAUUUGGUAAAGCUGUUGGAUCGACAGUUGCUUGUCAUAAACGUUUGGUGGAAGGAGCUUCUGAAGCUUUGAAGAAACUGUACAAUGAAGUUGAAGUGAAGUGUGUUCAACCUGCCAAGGCAGAGAAUAAGCAAAUGUAAAUCAUCAAUUUGAAGAAAAUUCUGUUUUAGUUCAGAAAUUUGUUAUUAUAUUUUCACAGAAUCAAGAAUAAAAGAAAAAUAUAAUAAUUGCAUUUAUGAUUUGUGUUUCUGCGAGGUGACCAAAACUUUCUUAACUGAGUAAUAGGGAAAUAAAUAAAAGAUGCAUUAAUAAAUCACCUUCACGACUUUUCAACACAGGAUAAGUAUACGAGAGUGCAGAACUGGACCAUUUCUAAUUAUUCUAUUGUUCACUUAGAUUUUAGAUUCAUCAAAAUACCAUCGCUUAAAAUUCUGUUGGCUAAAGUUAUUUCGGCAUCUCGUUGAUCCUGAUCUUGAUCCCAAAAUGACUUGAAUUUGUAUUUUUUUUUUGUUUCUAUC